AAAUAAAAUGUUUGUGCAGUCUUUACUAGUUUAGUACUUUACUUCUCUCUCUCUCUAAUGAAAAAAAAAAAGAAGAAAUGGAAGAAAGUGUGUUGAAUAGCAAAUGGGUAUCGACAGUGGCGAGCCUAUGGAUCCAAACCACGAGUGGCUCGCUCUACACUUUCUCUAUCUACUCUCAGGCUCUCAAGACUACACAACACUACGACCAGUCAACGCUCGACACCAUCGCCGUCUUCAAGGACAUCGGUGUCAAUUGCGGCCUCCUCUCUGGUCUUCUCUACUCCUAUGCUACUUGUGAUACUGCUACUACCUCCUUCUAUCGUCGUGGGCCUUGGCUUGUCCUCCUUGUUGGGGCGGGCCAGUGCUUUUUGGGCUAUUUCCUUAUGUGGGCUGCUGUCUCCGGCCUCAUUCCCCGGCCUCACGUGCCGGUCAUGUGCCUUUUCAUGCUCCUGGCAGCCCAUGCCCAGUCCUUCUUCAAUACUGCCAACGUUGUCACCGGUGUUCGGAACUUCCCUCGUUAUAGUGGAACCAUAGUUGGUAUCAUGAAGGGGUUUCUUGGUCUGAGUGGAGCAAUAUUAGUUCAAGUUUAUCAAACAAUAUUGUAUAACAAACCUACUUCAUUUCUUCUCAUGCUGGCAUUAUUGCCAACUAUCAAUUGUUUAUUGCUCAUGUGGUUUGUGAGGAUUCAUGAAACAAAUGAAGGCAAUGAGAAUAAGCACCUCAAUAGUUUCUCCUUAAUUGCUCUACUUCUUGCUGCUUAUCUUAUGGUCAUCAUUAUAUUAGGUGACGUUCUUACACUUGGAUCAAUACUUCGUGCCUUCACAUUUGCUGUGCUAAUCUUAUUGAUUGGCUCCCCUAUUUGCAUUGCAAUUAGAGCUUGGAAAAUGGAGUUCGAUAGUAAUGGAACACAAUAUCCUGCUGAGUAUCACGAUAUGCCUAGCAGCUCUAAUCAAGAGAUGGAUGCUGAUCAUAAGAGGACUUUGCAAUCAGGAGAAAACUUAAACCUGUUUCAAGCAAUGCGGGCCGUGGACUUCUGGAUUUUGUUCCUUGCCAUGGCUUGUGGUUUGGGAUCAGGGCUGGCUACAGUAAACAACAUUAGUCAGAUAGGAGGAUCGCUCGGCUACAGAAAUUUUGAGACAAGUUCGUUGGUCUCUUUGUGGAGCAUUUGGAAUUUUCUUGGCCGUUUCGGAGCUGGUUAUGUAUCAGACUACAUCUUGCAUGUCAGAGGAUGGGCCAGGCCAUUGUUCAUGGUGAUCACUUUAGCAGCCAUGAGUGUGGGACAUAUAGUGAUUGCUUCUGGUUUGCCUGGUGCUCUAUAUAUCGGUUCGGUACUGGUUGGUGUUUGUUAUGGCUCUCAAUGGUCAUUGAUGCCCACAAUUGCUUCUGAGAUAUUUGGAGUGGCACAUCUGGGGACUAUAUUCAAUACCAUCACCAUUGCUAGUCCGGUUGGAUCUUACAUCUUUUCUGUUAGAGUUAUUGGGUAUAUAUACGAUAAAGAAGCAUCAGCUGAUGGAAAUACAUGUGUUGGAAGACAUUGUUUCAUGUUGUCUUUUCUUAUUAUGGCAUUUGCUACCCUUGUGGGAUCCCUUGCUGCCUUAGGCUUGUUUUUCAGGACCAGAAAUUUCUAUAAUCAUGUUAUAGUUAGAAGAUUGAUGAUGCAUUCUCUGAGGGAGUAAUGAGGUUCCUGCUACUAAUAAUAAGAAGUUGCAAAAUGAUUGACCUGGGAAAUUCUUCAACCAUGCUUGAGAUUGUGACGGCAACACCUCUAUUGUUAAUCGGUGUAAAUAUGCAUGCAUGCUUGCAUGUGUUAAAUUAUCUCAUUUGUAUUAAAACAAAUUGUUGAUAUGUCACUAAUCUCCUCCCAUAUAUGUUUUUAUAUCAACAAGGAAUUAAGUUGCGUUUUGCCCAAA